ACCAGGUAGGGUUCUUGGCAUUUCCAUGGACGAGCGCCACUGGCCGACGCAGGAUCACGUCGAUGAAAUCCGCAAGAAUGUGGAAGCGAUGGGCGCUCAAUCAGGAGGCUUCCAGAUCGUGGCGUCGCCAUACCGGAUCUGCCCACUGGGCGCCCACGUCGAUCACCAGGGCGGCGCCGUCACGACCAUGGCGCUGGAUCGUGGCGUGCUCCUGGGAUUCGCGGCGGCCGCGGGGCCGGAGAUCCGCGUGAGGUCGGCCCAAUUCCCUGGCGAGGUGAGCUUCCGGAUCCCGCAAGAAUCCACCAACAUCGAGCAUUGCGACGCGGAGUCCCAGUGGGGUGAUCUCGCCCGCGGCGCUUGCUACGCGCUCCUCCGCGCGGGGCACGCCAUCUCCAGGGGGAUCGUCGCCUUCCUCGACGGCGGCGAGGGAUUCCAUGGCUGUGGCGUGAGCUCCUCCGCGGCGGUGGGGAUCGCCUUCCUCCUCGCGAUGGAGCGCGCCAACGAUCUCCUCGUCUCGCCCGAGGCCAACGUAGAGCUCGACCGGAUCCUCGAGAACGAGUUCCUGGGCGUCAAGAACGGUGUCAUGGACCAAUCGGCCAUUCUCUUCGCGAGACCGGGCUGCCUCACGCUCAUCCGGUGCCACGAGCUCGAUCGAACGCAUCAAUCUCUCCAGUUUGGAGGAGGAGGAGGAGGAUCGAGCUACAAGAUCUUGCUCGCCUUCUCGGGCCUCCGCCACGCGCUGGCAUCCAAGCCCGGGUUUAAUCUCCGGGUGUCCGAGUGUAACAAGGCCGCCAAGUUCCUUCUCGAGGCCGCCGGGAGGGACAAGAAGAGAAAGGUGGCGGUGCUUGGCGACGUAGCUCCGGAGGAGUAUACUCGGCUCAAAGCGAAGCUAGCGGCGGUGGAGGGCGGCCAUCUCGCGAGGCGGGCGGAGCAUUUCUUCUCGGAGAGAGCUCGGGUGGAGGCCAGCGUCAAGGCUUGGGUGGCGGGGGACCUGGCGGAGUUUGGGCGGCUCAUGACCGAGUCCGGGCGGAGCUCCAUCGAGAACUACGAGUGUGGCUGCGAGGCGCUGAUUGAUCUGUGGGGGAUACUGGCGGAGGCGCCGGGUGUGUAUGGAGCGCGGUUUAGCGGCGCGGGGUUUCGAGGCUUCUGCGUUGCGCUGGUGAAGGCGGAGAUGGCGGACGAGGCUGCGAGGUUUGUGAGGAGAAAGUAUCGGGAGGCACAGCCAGAGCUCUCGAAGAAUGUUGGUGGCGAUCAAGGCGUGGUGAUAUGCGAUUCUGGCGGCUGCGCAUCCCUUAUGGAUUUGUGAAGCAUUUCUCUUUUUUUUUCUUCUUUCUUUCAGAGUGGGAUUGUUUUGGUCAUUCUGCUGUGCUCGUUUUCCAGCCUGCGAGAGAGAAGCAUUACUUCCGAUAUAACGGAGUAGAGGAUUGGUUCUUUACCUGAAAAAGUUCCAGAGGCCUCUCCUGAGAACUUCCAAGAACGCAAACAUGAACUGCACCACCUGUUGAUCCGUGCCGGCACGAAAAGAUAAAAAAGAAUGCAGCCACGCAAAGCGAAGAAAUGAGUUGACAACCUGUGCACGUAACAGGCAUGAGUUGUUGAUAUUA